AUGACCACUCCUUCCAUGCCGUUAUCUUACUUAACAUCGAAAUGUGUAGCACUCUACAUGGAACCAAACAAACGGUUACAACUCUACCUACGCUGCCCAUCUUUUGAAAUUGCCCACAAAAAUCAAGCCAUGAGAAUCAGGGAUCUAAAAGUGCGACCUGACAACUUUGAGAUCAAUGGAACUAUCUACAGGCUAGCAGUUAUUACCCAAUACACGGAUACGCCGAAUCCGAGAUCUGUUGUUUGGGACAACGCUGAUGGUAGAAUUCAAGAUGAUGUUGACAUCUACGGUCUGCCGCCGAGACGAACACAAGAUGAGACGCAGAAUGUGCAAACAGAUAAUGCAGAAAUGACCCGUUUAAGAAAAAUGAUAGCAGAAAUGGAGCGACUCCUGUUCAGAACGGACACACUUGGAAAUCGUGUUAUUAUUCAGCGAGACAAGUUGACAGCUGAAGCAUAUAACAUGAGAAUCAACAACACACCGCCGCCAUACCGUCAUUAUCUGCAGUUGACUAUUUCAACAGGAGAAUCAGUAAAAAUAGAGCGUGUGGUUUAUGACAAACAAUUUGGAAUUGGCAAAGAAUACAUUGAGAAUAUAGUGUUUGGCAACAAAACGAUUCGAGUGGAACAUCUUCAAAUUGGCACUGACUGGUAUCUAGAUGAUUGGGAUAACGGCUACGGCAUCCAGCACGGCCCUCCUCGUCACGAACCACUUUUUGCCUACACGCCACAAGUAGAUAAUGUGAAACCAUUACUUUCAAUUCGAAGUUUAGAUGUAGGCGUGUUGAAAGUCACUGGAAUUCUGACAAAUGCAUUGGCUAGUCUUAGACCUAUUUUGUCUCAGACUCCGUUAAAGGAAUUAAAAGCGGUUUGUCAUCAAAAAACAUUUCCCGAGGACCCCAUUGUAAACGCAACAGGAUACCUUCAAAUCGCUAAAAACUCGCCAAUAAACGUACUAAGUAACCGUCCAAACGACCGAAUUCAUUUUGGUUUCGCUUUUAAACAAACUGACUAUGACAUAAUCAAUUUGGUAAACGAAUGGAAGAAAAGGGAGAUCCGAAUUGGAACUUAUUACUCGAUGGUAGAACCUGAGAAUUUGGUCACCCAAAUCUUCACUUUGUUUAAAACCAUUCCAGGUGCAAAGCUAGGAGAGAACGAAGAAUCAAUAUUGACCAGAUAUCCGGAAUGCAUUAUUAUCCCGAUGGGAAACGAUACGGAGCUGAAUGUCUACUGCAGCAAGCCGAAUGAAAAACAAAAUGAGUACAUUGUGAAAAUGAAAUGGCAACCGAUAGGAUAUGCGAAAGUUAUUGAAUGGUGA